AUGUCCUGGGCCCGCGCGGGGCUGCCCGCGCUGGGCCCGCCGCCGCUGAAGAAGGGUCGGUCGCGCCAGGAGCUGAUGCAGCGCGAAGCCGAGUUCCAGCGCCGGCGCGGCGCGGCGCCGGCCCGCGGCCGGCGCCAGCCCCUCGACCCGCUGGCGGAGAGCCGGCGGCGGCCCGACGCGCAGGAGCGCCCCCCGGCGAUGGGCCUCGACGGCUUCGAACGGCCGGACGCCGAGGGCGGCGCCGAGCCGCCCGCCGAGCCGCAGCGGCUCGCGGCGCUGCCGGCGCUGCCGGCGCUCGCCGGCGCGCAGCGCAGCACGAAGCGCCGCCGCGCGGCGAAGCUGCGGCGGCCGCUGCCGGCCGCGUCGCCGCCGCCGCGCGGGACGCUGCGCGCCAGCGAGAGCGCCUUCGACCUCGCGCGCGGCGCGCUGCCGGCCGUCGACCCCCUCGACGCGCCCCGCGCCGCGCGCAAGCCGGUCACCGAUAUGGACGACCCGCGCAUCGAGGCGGCCCUGCGGCGGCUCGAGGGCGACGUGCCUCGACCUGAUGCGGAGGAGCGGCCACCAGCCAUGGGUUUGGAUGGGUUCGAACCGCCCGAGGCGGAGAGGCUGCGCUUCUCCGAGGCCGAUACUGCGUUCAGGCGGCCCGACGCGGAGGAGCGGCCGCCGGCCAUGGGCCUGGAGGGCUUCGAGCCGCCGGCCAAGGACUCAUUGGUUGGCCCGGACACGCUAGAACGGAGCGCGACGCUCAUGUGCACGCCGAAGCGCCCCGCGGCGCCGCCGCGCGGCACGCGGUCUUUAAGGAGACUCCAGCACGCGAAUUCACUAAGACGAGAAAAGUCGAAGAAGCUCACCGGCGAGCUCGCGAAGGCGAUCUUCAGUCCCGAGAAGCCGCAGAAGCCCAUGCCCACGGAUUUGCAAUUAGUCUGGCAGGAUACUUUUGAUUACGAAGGGGCGCCGCAUCCGGCGCGGUGGCAAUUCCAGUGCGAAGCCAACGACUGGGUCCACGACGCGCAGCACGGCGAGCGCCAGUGGUACACGGACUCGGUACGGAACUGCCACGUGCGGAACGGGAAAUUGCGGAUCAUCGCGCGGCGCGAGCGGUCGAACUCGUGCAAGUACACGUCGGCGCGAUUGCGCACGAAAUAUAGAGGAGACUGGUUGUACGGCCGGGUCGAAGUGCGCGCGAGGCUGCCGCCCUCGAAAAGAGGUUUGUGGCCGGCGAUCUGGUUAUUACCUACGGAUGAAGUGUAUGGGGGCUGGCCGCAUUCCGGCGAGAUCGACGUCAUGGAGCACGUGGGCUGGGAGAAGAACGGUUUGAUCCACUCGGCCUGCCAUUCGACGCGCCACAACCCGACCGUGGGUCGCCAGCGGUCGAAAGCCAAAUUAAUUUCAACAGCCCAUCGGAAGUUCCACGUCUACGCCGUCGACUGGCAGCCGACGCGCAUCUCGAUUUUCGUGGACAACGAGCUCGUCUUAAAAGUAGACGACAAGGGCUUCGGGGCUCAGUCGUGGCCCUACGACCAGCGUUUUCAUUUAUUACUGAACCUGGCGGUCGGCGGGUGGGGCGGCAUGAAGGGAAUCGAUGACCGGGCCUUCCCGGCGUGUUUCAAAGUGGACUCCGUGCGCGUGUUCCAGAAGCGGGGCGGGCGCUAGCUUUGUGUUUGUGUGUGUUGUAAUGUUG